GAGAGAGAGGAGAGAGAGAAAGGAGGGGGGUGAGAGGAGGGAUGCAGAUGUACACCUUACCUUCCUCACAAGACACAUCCUCAGAGCACACUGUUACAGACUAAUACCAUCAACAACAACACGUCCACCACCACCACCCACACACUGCCCAGCCACCAUUCAGCUCCACUACAGCCCAAGGACUGCAGGAUGAGGACCUGGUCAAGGGCCCAGUGUGCAGAGUGCUCUGUGGUCCUCCUGGGUCUCAUAACACUGACUGUUUCAUUGGGGAACAUCUCAAGUAGAGUACAGAAUCUUUGUUUGUGGCAGGAUGAGGGUGUAGCCUCUAACAGUCUGGAAGACGGACUAGAGGUGACUACUUAUUGGUGGGGGGAAUGGGCAAAGUGGACAGCCUGCACACGCACUUGUGGAGGGGGCGUCAUGUCUCAGGAGAGACAUUGUCUUAAGCAAAGAAAAAGAACAACAACUGGUAAGGACAACAUGACAUGCACAGGGAGUGCAAAAAGGUACCAUCUCUGUAAUACAAAGGAAUGCCCCUCAACUGGAAGGAGUUUCCGAGAGGAGCAGUGCUGGUCAUUUAACUCUCAGGUAUUCAAUGGAAAGAAUUACCACUGGAAACCCCUUUACCCAGAUGACUACGUUCACAUCUCCAGCAAUCCCUGUGAUCUUCAUUGCACUACAUCAGAUGGUCAGAGGCAGCUGAUGGUACCAGCUCGUGAUGGAACUUCCUGCAAGUAUAGCAAUUACAGAGGAGUCUGUGUAGAUGGCAGGUGUGAGCCUAUUGGAUGUGAUGGCAUCCUCUUCUCUCCCAACACACUGGAUAAGUGUGGAGUGUGUCAAGGAGAUGGGAGCAGCUGUAGUAGGGUAACUGGUAACUUUCGCCGUGGAUCUUCCAGCCUUGGAUAUUCCUUCAUUACCCAGAUCCCUGAUGGCUCAUGGGACAUCCAGAUCAUUGAGAGAAAGAAGUCUGCAGAUAUACUAGCUGUGACAGAUCAAGCAGGAAACUUCUUCUUCAAUGGCGCCUACAAGGUGGACAGCCCUCAGAACUUCCAUGUGGCAGGCACCAUCUUCAAGUACCGGAGGCCCACCGAUGUGUAUGAGACGGGGAUUGAGUACAUCGUGGCGAAAGGGCCCAUCAAUCAGCCCAUCAAUGUUCUGGUUUGGAACCAGAAUGGUCGCAACCCUUACAUAACCUACGAGUACACAGUGAUGCGUGACCCUCUUACUCCAGUCUCCCAGCCACCCAUCUAUACUGGCACAGAUGGAGGAUCCAGCCACCAAGUCUCCAUGGAGAUCAACAAUGUGUCACCCCACAAUGAGAGUGUGAAUGAAAAGGCUGUCCCAGAGACACAGAGGAAGCAGGGGAGAAUGCAGAACAUUGGGCCUGGUGCAGUGGAUAAGCCUGGUGAAGAGACCAAUGAAGUGUAUGAGGACACAGCUGCUGUAGACUGUGAUCAGGAUGCUCCAACACCCCCUCAUUAUCCAGAUGGAAAUAGCAGCUGGCCAAGUGGAGUGGUUGCCCCUGGCAUUGUGCCUGCAAGCAGACCUGCAGAGGAGAUGGUGGAUUCUGCAAAUUUCAUAUGGAGGAUGUUUCUUGCACGUUGCACGUUGCAUGUUAACAUUUCAACAAAUCAGCUUCUUAGUGAGGGGGAAAGCCUCAUCUCUGAAGCAGAGCCAGCGGAGUUGGACUACAGCAGCUCAGAGCAAGGGAACCUCAAUGGUUCAUUUCUUGAGUUCUCCCUAAGCCGUCGCCGCAAUGACACAGGAGAUCUUUUCCAGAACAGGACACUGAUUACCAGCUUGAGGAACGGCAGCCGCACCAAUCGCACCAGGAGUCAACAGAAGGUUACCGGAAAGAACAAAUUGAGUUCUGCAGAUAUGUAUCGUUGGAAACUGUCCUCUCAGGAACCAUGCAGCAUGACAUGCUCUAUAGGUGUGACAAAAUCCUUUGCUAUGUGUGUACGAUAUGAUGGUGUUGAGGUGGAUGACUCUUACUGUGACGCUUUGACUCGCCCUGAACCGGUGCAUGAUUUCUGCAUUGGAAGGGAUUGCCAGCCAAGGUGGGAGGCCAGCAGCUGGAGUGAGUGCUCACGGACAUGCGGUGAGGGUUUUCAGUUCCGGCUAGUGCGUUGCUGGAAGAUGCUGGCCCCUGGCUUGGAUAGCUCGGUGUACAGCGAACUGUGCACGGAUGCUGAGCUAGAGCGCCCUCCAGAGCGCCGGCCAUGCAAGAGCCCCACCUGUGGCCCACAGUGGGAAAUGGCUGAGUGGUUAGAGUGCCCAGCAAAAUGUGGCCGCAGAGGUUUAGUGAUUCGUGAGGUCAGGUGCUCAGAUGAAGGCAGGCCAUGUGAUGAGACAACUCAGCCUCCAUCAUCCAAGAACUGCACUGGUCCACCUUGUGAUCGCCAGUGGACAGUCUCCAUGUGGGGCCCGUGCUCAGGUCCAUGUGGUCAGGGAAAGAUGGUACGGCAUGUGUACUGCAAAACCCCCGAGGGCCGGGUGGUACCUGAAUCUCAGUGUUCACUAGAGAACAAACCAUUGGCGACUCAUCCCUGUGGAGAUAAAGAGUGCCCACCACACUGGCUGGCUCAAGAUUGGGAAAGGUGCAACACAACAUGUGGACGUGGCAUAAAGAGGAGGACUGUGCUAUGUGUCAGCAUCACGGGUGGCAAAUUUCAAAUCCAUGAGGACGAAGAAUGUGAUGCUAGCAAGCGGCCAGGAGAUGAGGACACUUGCUUCGAGAGACCUUGCUUCAAGUGGUAUACAACACCUUGGUCUGAGUGCACCAAGACGUGUGGUGUGGGAGUGAGAAUGAGGGAUGUGAAAUGCUACCAAGGAAGAGAACUUGUUCGUGGAUGUGACCCUCUGACUAAGCCUGUUAACAAACAGACAUGUGCAUUGCAACCUUGCCCCACUGAACCACCAGAUGACAACUGCCAAGAUCGUCCCAGCACCAACUGCUCUCUGGCCAUUAAAGUCAACCUCUGCAGUCACUGGUAUUACAGCAAGGCUUGUUGCCAUUCGUGCAGGAAUCAACGUGCCACCUAGUUUUUGUCACAAGGGAAAAAGUUAAUGCACUUAAAUCAGGACCAUUGGGUAAUAUGCAAAAACUUUCAUAAAGGGAUGAUGGGGGCAAAUAUUGAAUAUCUAGCAUCCACAGACAGUGGCAGACAUCUAGAGUCUUAGAAUAUCUUGGUUUACCCAUUAAAUCCCUUUUUUUUAUUUAAACUAGCUAUAUUAAACUACUAUUGAUGUCAGUAUUUUAGUAGCAUUAUCUGUUUUAUGACAAAGUCCUACAACUAUGGGAUACAUUAAGGAAACUUUAAAUUAUUUUGAUUAUUGCUCCAUGGACCGUAAUUAUAAAGCAUGAGCAUAUUUAUGAUCCAUUAAAUUGGCAGUGAUGAUAGUCAGUACUGAAUAUUACCUUGGACUUAAGGUGGAAGAUUUGUACGUUUAAACACAAGCUCAUCUACUGCUAGUUACAACACUCUGCUGUUUCCUUGGUAUCGUAUUUAACUGUUACUGGACCAUUGCUUUUCUAUUGUUUAUUUAUUAGUCAGAGCAGGUGUUUGGUUAAACAUCCCAAUGUUCUCCACUCAUUCUGACUAUUAUUCUGCAAUCAGCAGCUGUUUUUGACAGCAGGGAACAACAAACACCCAUUUUACUUGAUUUUCCUGAGACGUAUUAUGUGUAAUUGCGUAUUGCGUAUUGACUGUGUCCUGGCACUUGAACAUGUAAUAUUUUAAACUGUAUGCAAUUUAUAUAUUGCUCCUUUGUGGCAGUCCAGUUGAUAUAAUAUACAUUACUGUUACCUCAGUGUAAAGAAACAAUCAAAAAUAAACGUCAAUUUUAUUAAAACGUUAAUUUUAUUGUAGAAAAAAAGCACAAUUUGUUACCUCUCAAUGUAGGAUAAAUACGAUUCCAUUUCUAAUCCAACAGUAUGCAGUAUUUUUCACAUCCUGUAAAAUCAGGCAUAUUACAGUUUUUACUUUGAAGGCUUGAAUAAAACACAAUAACUUUUGACAGAUAUUGAAAUAACUGUCUGGGUUGAUUUAAAGAAACCACUGCAGUUACUCAAUAAGUGUAACAACAUUCAGAUCAUUCUGCCCUCAAUGUGACAGACUGUAAUAUGAUGUAUACUGCUAUUCCAACAUUCCUUAGUUUUGCCAAAGUGGUGAACAGCUAUCUGAGUGAAACAACUUACGCCAUCUGCUGGUCUACUUACAACACACACUGAUGCUUAAUUUGCUGAUCAACGAUGGACAAGUCUUCCAACUUCUUGUUCAAUAAAAUGACCCAACAGGAGUGUGUAACCUUUGCAGCCUCUGAAGGGUCGUUGUGGUGAAUAUAUUUACUUGAGUAAAUAAAGUGAAAAAUGAAAAAAGUGAAAAAACAAGAAAAAUGUAGAAAUAUUAGUGAACUUAUAUCUAUUUUUUAAAAUGACAAGGUUACAAAUGAUCUUUUCUAUUUUUUUUGACCACUACACUAGUGCAUGUAAUUCUAUAAUAAGAAACUAAUGAAAAUAAAUAUUACCUGUGCUUUGAA